AUGAACUCAACGGUUAACCAAUCCAUGAAUCAACAGUAGCCAAGUUUUGAUUUUUUUCCGCCAAUAGUUUUCUUUCUAUUGAUCAUUUCAUAGGUCUAGUUCGAAAGAAGAAGAUUCACACUCUAGUAAGGAGCGCACUUCAAUUAGAAGAUUCACAGACUAGAGUUGCUUGCGUUUGUGGGGUUACUUUCUAGUUUCUCCUGCAGCGGUUUGGUUUGGUGCACAAUUGUCUGUUAGUAGUUCAAAUCAAAGACGUACUCUCCCUAACUAAAUCUUUGCUUACACUUCCCGCAAAAAUUCAAAUCUGUUUCUACACACACUUUGCUUCUCAUCUCUUCUUCCUCUCCUCUGCAGAUGGGUGAAACCAACUUCCCAACCUCUCAUCUUUCCAACUACUACCCUCCAUUUCCCCCCAUUUCUAAAAUGCUUUCACCCCUCUUCUCGCACAGAUUGAUACGACCCAUCUGGGUUCUGCGUAUUCCAUUUAAAAUCACCUCCAAACCCUGGAUUUAGGGGCUUCGAGGACCAAAGCUUUGAUUUGGGUUUGGAGAAAGGGCAAGUGAGAAACAGGAUGAUGGUUUCUGAUAUUCCCAUUUGCCACACUUGUGGUGAACCAGUCGGAGUUGAUGGCAAUGGCGAGGUUUUCGUUGCUUGCCAUGAGUGCCAUUUUCCUAUUUGUAGAGUCUGCGUUCAAUAUGAUAUUAAGGAAGGCCGAAAUGUUUGCUUGCGGUGUGGCUCUCCAUUUGACGAGAACUUGCUGAUGGAUGCUGAUACAAAGAGAUCAGGAGAUCGAAACACAAUGGCAUCUCAUCUCAGUCAUUCUGAGGACGUUGGAGUUCAUGCUAGACAUGUCAGUAGUGUGUCGACAGUGGAUAGUGAAUUGAAUGAUGAAUCUGGGAACCCAAUUUGGAAGAACAGAGUAGAGAGUUGGAAGGAUAAGAAGAAUAAAAAGAAACGGCCUACCGUGAAGACUGAACAGGAAGCUCAAAUUCCUGUCCAUCAGCAAAUGGAAGAGAAACAGAUUUCAGGGGAGGCUGGGGUUACACACUCAUUUUCUUCAGUUUAUCCAAUUCCUUCCAGCAGAUUAACACCGUACAGAAUUGUGAUAAUCAUGCGAUUGAUCAUUCUAGCUCUUUUCUUUCAGUAUCGAAUAACCAAUCCUGUUGAUAGUGCUUUUGGUCUAUGGCUCACUUCUAUCAUAUGCGAAAUCUGGUUCGCCUUCUCCUGGGUGUUGGAUCAGUUCCCUAAAUGGUUUCCCGUCUGCAGAGACACAUUCAUUGACAGAUUAUCAGCCAGGUUUGAAAGAGAGGGAGAACCUUCCCAGCUUGCUGCUGUGGAUUUUUUUGUGAGUACUGUUGAUCCAUUGAAAGAACCUCCACUAAUCACUGCCAAUACCGUGCUUUCAAUCCUUGCUGUGGACUAUCCUGUUGAUAAAGUCUCCUGCUACGUGUCUGACGAUGGUGCAGCUAUGCUUUCAUUUGAGUCUCUAGUUGAAACAGCUGACUUUGCAAGAAAGUGGGUUCCAUUCUGCAAGAAAUUCUCCAUUGAACCCCGAGCUCCUGAGUUUUACUUCUCUCAGAAAAUAGACUAUUUGAAAGAUAAAGUGCAACCUUCUUUUGUCAAGGAACGUAGAGCAAUGAAAAGAGCUUAUGAAGAGUUUAAAGUACGAGUUAAUGCUUUGGUAGCGAAGGCUCAGAAAACGCCUGAUGAAGGCUGGUCCAUGCAAGAUGGAACAGCUUGGCCAGGAAAUAACCCACGUGACCACCCUGGAAUGAUUCAGGUUUUUCUUGGAAAUACUGGCGCCCAUGACAUAGAGGGCAAUGAACUCCCUCGACUAGUCUAUGUGUCCAGAGAGAAGAGGCCUGGUUACCAACAUCACAAAAAAGCUGGUGCUGAAAAUGCUCUGGUGAGAGUAUCUGCAGUCCUCACAAACGCCCCCUUCAUUCUCAACCUUGACUGUGAUCACUAUGUUAACAAUAGCCAAGCUAUACGUGAGGCAAUGUGUUUCUUGAUGGACCCACAAGUAGGCCGAGAUGUAUGCUAUGUUCAAUUUCCUCAGAGGUUUGAUGGCAUUGAUCGAAGUGAUCGAUAUGCCAAUCGUAACACAGUUUUCUUUGAUGUGAACAUGAAAGGAUUGGAUGGCAUCCAGGGACCAGUUUACGUGGGUACAGGUUGCGUUUUCAAUAGACAGGCUCUUUAUGGCUACGGACCUCCUACUCUGCCUAGCAUAUCUAAGACAUCCUCAUCAUCCUGCUCUUGGUGUGGCUGCUGCUCGUGCUGCUGUCCUUCCAAUAAGAUCUCAAAAGAUCCGACUGAGAUUCAGAGAGAUGCAAAAAGAGAAGAGCUUGAUGCUGCAAUCUUUAAUCUCAGGGAAAUAGAUAAUUAUGAUGAAUACGAGAGGUCAAUGCUAAUUUCUCAAUUAAGCUUUGAGAAAACUUUUGGCUUAUCUUCUGUAUUUAUUGAGUCUACACUAAUGGAAAAUGGAGGAGUUGCAGAAUCUGUAAAUCCAUCUACUUUGAUUAAAGAAGCAAUUCAUGUCAUUGGCUGUGGUUAUGAAGAGAAGACUGCCUGGGGAAAAGAGAUUGGUUGGAUAUACGGUUCAGUCACUGAGGAUAUCUUAACGGGUUUCAAGAUGCAUUGCCGAGGAUGGAGGUCCAUCUACUGCAUGCCCGUGAGGCCAGCAUUCAAAGGAUCGGCACCGAUUAAUCUUUCCGAUCGUCUGCACCAAGUUCUUCGAUGGGCACUUGGAUCUGUUGAGAUUUUUCUCAGUAGACAUUGUCCAUUAUGGUAUGGAUUCGCAGGUGGUCGGCUCAAAUGGCUCCAAAGAAUGGCAUACAUAAACACCAUUGUCUAUCCGUUCACCUCCCUCCCUCUAAUUGCCUACUGUUCAUUGCCUGCAAUCUGCCUGCUGACUGGAAAAUUUAUCAUACCAACGCUCUCAAACCUAGCAAGUACCCUUUUUCUUGGUCUCUUCUUGUCCAUCAUUCUCACAAGUGUCCUUGAGCUGCGUUGGAGUGGUGUGAGCAUCGAAGAUAUAUGGCGUAAUGAGCAAUUUUGGGUCAUAGGAGGCGUCUCAGCCCAUCUCUUUGCUGUCUUCCAAGGGUUCCUCAAGAUGUUAGCUGGCGUAGACACCAACUUCACAGUUACUGCAAAGGCAGCUGACGACACUGAGUUCGGAGAGCUUUAUAUGGUGAAAUGGACAACACUUUUGAUCCCUCCUACAACACUUAUCGUCAUUAACAUGGUCGGUGUUGUUGCUGGAUUUUCUGAUGCAUUAAAUGGUGGAUAUGAAGCUUGGGGACCUCUUUUUGGCAAGGUCUUUUUUGCCUUCUGGGUGAUUUUUCAUCUCUAUCCAUUCCUCAAAGGUCUCAUGGGUCGCCAAAACCGGACUCCAACCAUUGUUGUUCUAUGGUCAGUACUGUUAGCAUCAGUUUUCUCACUUGUUUGGGUGAAGAUAAACCCAUUUGUGAACCAAGUUGACAGUACAACCGUUGCACAAAGCUGCAUUGCCAUAGAUUGUUGAGCAAUAUUGAAGAAAUUUAUCAAAAACCUUCAAUUGCUUGUCAAAGACUCUGCUGUGAUUGUUUAUAGGAUUAAUUACUGGUUCCUUUAUGUCAUAGUUUGAGAUGAAAAUAUACAGAUUCAUCUGAAUAUGUAUGAAUGUUUUGUUUAAACAUUUGAGAUUCAGUUUGUACAAUGCAAGUGAUUCUUGUGAGAAAUACCAAUUUGAAUUCAAUAGCUA